UUGCAACUUUCGCUUUCGACGUUGCAUACAGCCCGUGCCAAAUAGUUGUCGUUUUACCGCGUGAUUUUGCAUAGUUUUUGCUAAAUUUUGUAUUAUAGUGUUUUAGUAUUUUUGUCGUAUUCCACAAUGCAGAAAUCGAUAUUAAUCCUCCUCGUCGCGGUGACCUUUGUCAGCGUCGUCAACGCCCAGUUCGGUUUCGGUUUAGGCGGCAUGGGCCUCGGCGGACUGGGAAUGGGCGGACUGUGGGGCGGCCUGGGUGGAUUCGGCGGCAUGGGCUUGGGCGGUAUGGGCCUCGGCGGUAUGGGCUUCCCGUUUGGCGGUAUGGGCAUGGGCGGCCUGGGUUAUGGCGGAAUGGGUAUGGGUGGACUGGGCGGUAUGGGAAUGGGCGGCAUGGGAAUGGGCGGCAUGGGCUUCCCGUUCGGCGGCAUGGGAUACGGCGGUAUGGGCGCGGGAUUAGCCGGAGGAAUGGGCGGUGGUUGGGGCGGCGCCGGCGGUUACUCCACUCCCAUGAUCCCCGUGGUGGCUGCACAGCCCACCGCGGCUAUCGCUCCUAUGGCUGCCACCGGAUCAGGUUGGGGUAGGAAGUGAACUUUUACCACGCCUUUUGUAAUUUGAAUGUUGCUAAAUUGGCGAAUUUUGUUGCUAACGACUGUUUAGUGUUUUGAAUGUUGCGGAGUUGUGUGUUGGCUCAGUUUUGUU